AUGGGUGAAGAGGCUGUCCACUUCAGCGUCGCCGACGCCAAGGACUGCAAACAGAGUGCCGCUGACGUCGGCGAUAAGACGUAUGUUAUCAGUAGAUCAGAUGAUGACUCCAAAACGUCUGUUGUGGUUAAAAUUCUUGACAAACUCACUCAGACUUGGGUUGUACCCACAAUACUUGGGAAACAGCCACCUCUAACCAAGUCGCAGUCUGUGAUUCCAGUUAGUGAUGAGAAGAUAUUGGUUAUCGAGAAGGGUGUUCCCUUGAAUGAGUCCAUCUGGUUCCUUGAGAUAGACACCCCCUUUGUUAAGCAGCAACGGAAAAUCAAGGGAACAGAAGUUGUUUCUUGGAGCAAGGGAGUAAUUGGUGUUGGCCAAAAACCGGUUGUGAUUAGUGGUCCUUCUGGUGUUGGUAAAGGGACAUUGAUUGCAAAAUUGAUGAAAGACUAUCCAUCGAAGUUUGGAUUUUCUGUUAGCCACACUACAAGGUCUCCAAGGGAGAAGGAAAUUGAUGGUGUUCACUACCACUUCACAGAACGAAGCAAGAUAGAGAAAGAUAUAAGCGAGGGCAAAUUUCUUGAGUUUGCUCAUGUUCAUGGAAAUGUUUAUGGCACAAGUAUUGAAGCAGUCGAAUCUGUAACUGAUGAGGGAAAGAGGUGUAUUCUCGACAUUGAUGUCCAAGGAGCUCGAUCCGUGAGGGCUUCUUCUCUUGAAGCAAUAUUCAUCUUUGUGUGCCCUCCAUCGUUCGAGGAACUAGAGAAGCGCCUUCGGGCACGGGGUACUGAAACAGAGGAGCAAAUCCAGAAACGACUCAGAAAUGCUCGGGCUGAACUUGAUCAGUCCAAUGAACCUGGUCUCUUUGAUCAUCUUUUGGUCAAUGAUGACCUUGAGACAUGCUAUGAGAAUUUGAAGAAGUUGCUUUCUCUGGAUGAUGACCAAGAAGAUUCAGAUGAUUUUUUUAACAAGGAGGGCAAAGGAACUGCAAGUUACUCUAUCGUGUCCAAAACUGACUCAGAAAUUUUGUUGCAAUCUGAGACUAAUGAAGCCAAAAAUGGAGCUGCAUGCUUGCUGGCUCUUGAUUUGUCGUCUCUCUCAGGCGGUGCGCCUGGACGAACAAGGGGCCUCAAGAUACGCUCAGUUAACUCCUUUUGA